CUCGAAUCAGCAGCAUCUCUCUCUCUCUCCCUCAGUCAGAGUCUGUCGUCACGGCGACAGGAGGUGUCUGUUCCACAGCAGCAUCAGCGGAGACCAGGAAUCGGAAGCUGGUGGUCGCCGCAGCAACAAGAGCAUCCGAGGACUUUCAGGAUUCCAAGGCUGCCGAUCGGGGUUUGGGAAUAUAGGAUAGUGGGAGCGAUCUGCGAUUCUCCUCCUGCUUCCGCCACCGCUUCACUUUCUCUCUGAAGGACAGCUCUGAAUGAACCCUCCUCUUCUGACUGUGGGCGAGUGUGACUGCGUGGACAGAGAAAAGGGAAGACAUUAAGAGUGUGUGUGUGUGCUGACUGGGAGGAAGAUGGUGUGUGUGUGUGACUGACGCGGCAACAAAACGGGGCAGGAUGAUCUAAAGCCGAAAACUGAAUUCCCAUUGAUUCCCCAGGAGGAAAGGGAAGGCAAACCUGCACGCACUUUUCUGAGACAGAGUGUAUGUGAGAGACCGCUGUGUUGUGAAGUGUGUGUGUUCGAUUUUUCGGUGUGUAUCUGUUCUUCUCAGUCUCUCUGCGUGCUGUAAUUGAUUUGAUGUGGUAAACUGAAGCUUGAUUGUGAAGAUGAUGUGCGUUUGAGAAUGUGUAAAGUCGGUGGAGAGACAAACAGAAAUGAUGUUAGCACAUAGACCGAGAAAUCGCCGUCCUUCAUGUCUUCCAGGUGUUGUAAGAGAUUGACAAUUUUGGCUUGGAAAGGGUCAAGUUGUAGCCUCAUCCUGGAGAAAUAAAUACGUGGAGCUCAUCGGAUGACUUUUGGAGAACUAAACCUAAUCCUGGAUUUUGCACAGCGUCAGAAGGGAUGUAGAUUGAGAUCCUUCACUAAUGAAAUGGGUGUGAAAUGUGUCUCUGACCUGAUGGAAAGGAUACGGCGUUCUGUCUGACACCCCGCGGGGGGUUACGUGUGAAACGUUCAUCACAACACUUAUCAUAGAGUUCAAGGACGAGUGGAAUAUCCUUUUCUUCUCCUUUUUUUGGGAAAUCCAAAGGACGAAGUAUCUCAUAUUUUAUUAAAAACAACAAUAAUCAGUCGUCCUAUGACUUCAAGACAGCUUUGGGGAGUUUCCUUGUUUCCUCCAUGCUUUGGAUUUUUAUUAAUGCACAUUCUGACAUCAUGAGGAUCAUUUUCUGACGCUCAUCAUCAUGUCUUCACAUAAAAGAGGAAUUCUCCAGCAAAGACAGCAGUGGUAAUCAAUGCAAAAGCAUUUCUAAAGACCCCCAACAAACAUGCAUCAGUGAAAUCCGCACAUUUCAGUGGAGUUUGGUGUGUAUUUGGUUUUUUUUGGAUCUAAUGACUCCAGCAUCUUCCUUUCCCUCUGCGUCUGGAGCUCCGAAAUGCCCCGAAAUACACAGCAAGAAGAGGCUUGACCCCAGACCCAGGCGUGUUUUAAGAUGUUGAAGCCUUCCCGCGCGGCCCGAGCCCCAGAUCGGAUCAGUAGCACUGCGGCUCCCGGAGGCCCCAGACAUGGAUGGUGGCUCGGCCCGGCCCUGCCCUCAGCGCUCCGCACCCCGGCCCGUGAGCAGCUUUUGAAGGAUGUCCCAGAGCCGAGCUCCAGCCCGGGAACCCUCUGAGACCCCCAGUCAGAGAGAGCAGAUCCGCAGCCACAUGAAGAUGGUCAUCCAGCAGCUGGAAGGAAUCCUCAAAGAGCUGAAAGAUGUGGCACAUGAACUGCGGGAGGUGGUGGGUCAGAUUGAUAAACUCACAUCAGACCUGGAGCUGGAUCUGGAUGCGGACGACUGGACGGUGGCGACGGCGAGCAGCACGUCCAGCAGUGAGCGCGGCCUGUGUGAAGCCUUCAGACUGGACUUUCUGGGCCAGGACUCGCUCUCUGACAGCUGGGACUUCUGCAGCUUUCUGGAGUCCUCGAGUCGGAGAUCAGCGCGGGACGACACCAAACCUCCGCCCGCCACCGCCAGCGUGUACUCGCAGAUGAACGGUGGGCUGCCUGUCCCCAACGGACCCCUGAUUAUCACACCCGACUCAUCCAGCGAGGAGGCCUCCAGCUCCACACACAGCCAGAGCCAGAAAACCUCCCGCACAGCCGGCACUCGAGAACGCGUUCGCUUCAGCGACAAAAUCCUGUACCACGCGCUGUGCUGCGACGAUGAUGAAGACGAGGAUGAAGACGAAGACGGAAGAGACGAAGAGGAGGAUAAACUGGACACCGACAGCGAGCGCAGUCCUCUGGCCGGUUCGCCCGUCCCGCCGCUGCCCGAACUCUACAACUGUCGGGAACCACCGGCCGGCGGAUCACACACGCUACCCAGAAAAGAUGCUCUCAACCCGGGCUGCCGGAAAAAACUCCUGCGCAACAGCAGCACACAGACGGUUUCAGACAAGAGCACGCAGACACUCCUGCCAUACGUCCCCGCAAAACACAGAAACAAGGACCUCUGAGAGAACAGGCCGCCACAUAUACCACCCCAGAACGCUUACCCAGAACUAUAUACUAUUUAAUAUCAAAUACAUAGAUAAUAGAUUCCAAAAAACAAUACAUGAAUUACUAAAUAAAUUAUAUAUGGGCAAAUUUCAA